GGCAUCCAGACUCAAAGCAAUCCAUCCAACUGAGGAAUCUGCUCCCAACUGAAUCUCUGGGACCAAUACCUGCCUAUGCUCUCCCUGCUUUGGUGAGACAUCAAGUAGAGGGGCUGAGAGAGAUGGCAAUGAUCCUUUAUCUCCUGACUUGUCUUUGGGAUGUAGGUUUGACCUCCGACACAAGCCGAGUUGAGAUCAGGCUGGUAAACGGUCCCGAUCACUGCAGUGGAAGAGUUGAAUUGUUCCAUAAUGGCGAGUGGGGCACCAUCUGCGAUGAUAAUUGGGAUAUCAGUGAUGCCAGCGUUGUAUGCCAGCAGUUGGGUUGUGGUUUUGCAAGAUCAGCCCUAGGCGAAGCACAAUUUGGAAGGGGAACUGGUCCCAUCUUGCUGGAUGAAGUCCAGUGUACAGGAACUGAACCAGCACUCAAUGAAUGUCCAGCAAAUACUUGGGGAGAUCAUAACUGCAAUCAUGGAGAAGAUGCUGGCAUUGUGUGCUCGUCUGCUCCUACUGAGAUGACAGCCCUGCCCACUGUGGAAGGAUGGUUACGGACAACAUCAGAAGUCCACUCCUCAGAUGUAGGUUUGACCUCCGACACAAGCCGAGUUGAGAUCAGGCUGGUGAACGGUACCGAUCACUGCAGUGGAAGAGUUGAAUUGUUCCAUAAUGGCGAGUGGGGCACCAUCUGUGAUGAUAAUUGGGAUAUCAGUGAUGCCAGCGUUGUAUGCCAGCAGUUGGGUUGUGGUUUUGCAAGAUCAGCCCUAGGCGGAGCACAAUUUGGAAGGGGAACUGGUCCCAUCUUGCUGGAUGAAGUCCAGUGUACAGGAACUGAACCAGCACUCAAUGAAUGUCCAGCAAAUACUUGGGGAGAUCAUAACUGCAAUCAUGGAGAAGAUGCUGGCAUUGUGUGCUCGUCUUCUCCGAGAGACACAGCCAUCUUGCCCACUGCAGAAGAACGGCGAAGCACCAUUUCAGAACUCGACACCUCAGAUGUAGGUUUGACCUCCGACACAAGCCGAGUUGAGAUCAGGCUAGUGAAUGGUACCGAUCACUGCAGUGGAAGAGUUGAAUUGUUCCAUAAUGGCGAGUGGGGCACCAUUUGUGAUGAUAAUUGGGAUAUCAGUGAUGCCAGUGUUGUAUGCCAGCAGUUGGGUUGCGGUGUUGCAAGAUCAGCCCUAGGCGAAGCACAAUUUGGAAGGGGAACUGGUCCCAUCUGGUUGGAUGAAGUCCAGUGUACAGGAAUAGAGCCAGCACUUAAUCAAUGCCAAAGAAAGUCUUGGGGCGAACAUGACUGCAGUCAUGGAGAAGACGCUAGCAUUGUGUGUGCAUCUGCGCCUACUGAGAUGACAGCCCUGCCCACUGUGGAAGGAUGGUUACGGACAACAUCAGAAGUCCACUCCUCAGAUGUAGGUUUGACCUCCGACACAAGCCGAGUUGAGAUCAGGCUGGUAAACGGUCCUGAUCACUGCAGUGGAAGAGUUGAAUUGUUCCAUAAUGGCGAGUGGGGCACCAUCUGUGAUGAUAAUUGGGAUAUCAGUGAUGCCAGCGUUGUAUGCCAGCAGCUGGGUUGCGGUGUUGCAAGAUCAGCCCUAGGCGGAGCACAAUUUGGAAGGGGAACUGGUCCCAUCUUGCUGGAUGAAGUCCAGUGUACAGGAACAGAACCAGCACUCAAUGAAUGUCCAGCAAAUACUUGGGGAGAUCAUAACUGCAAUCAUGGAGAAGAUGCUGGCAUUGUGUGCUCGUCUUCUCCGAGAGACACAGCCAUCUUGCCCACUGCAGAAGAACGGCGAAGCACCAUUUCAGAACUCGACACCUCAGAUGUAGGUUUGACCUCAGACACAAGCCGAGUUGUGAUCAGGCUAGUGAACGGUCCCGAUCACUGCAGUGGAAGAGUUGAAUUGUUCCAUAAUGGCGAGUGGGGCACCAUCUGUGAUGAUAAUUGGGAUAUCAGAGAUGCCAGUGUAGUAUGCCAGCAGCUAGGCUGUGGCGUGGCAAUAUCAGCCCCAGGAGGAGCACGAUUUCGAAGGGGUACUGGCGCCAUCUGGUUGGAUGAUGUCCAGUGCAGAGGAACAGAACAAGCACUCAAUCAGUGCUCAGCAAGGUCUUGGGGAGUGCAUAACUGCAAUCAUGGAGAAGAUGCUGGUGUUGUGUGCUCAUCAGCUCCUCCUGCUAUGGCAGCCUUGCCCACUGUGGAAGGAUGGCUACAGACCACUUCAGAACUCCAAACAUCAGCCCUCCCUACUGACACAGCAACCUCGCCCAAUGUAGAAGAAUGGGUACUGACCGACACUUCAAAACUCCAUAGCUCAGAUGAGGAUUUGACCUCAGCCAGAGUCCCAGCUGAGAUCAGGCUGGUGGAUGGUCCCAGUCGCUGCAGUGGAAGAGUUGAGUUGUUCCAUAAUGGUGAAUGGGGCACCAUCUGUGAUGAUAGUUGGGAUAUCACAGAUGCCAGCAUUGUAUGCCAGCAGCUGGGCUGUGGUGUUGCAAUAUCAGCCCUAAGUGAAGCACAAUUUGGAAGGGGAACUGGUCCCAUCUGGCUGGAUGAAGUCCACUGCACAGGGGCAGAAGCAGCACUCAAUCAAUGCCCAAGAAGCUCGUGGGGAAAUCAUGACUGCAACCAUGGAGAAGAUGCUGGCAUUGCAUGCGCAUCCAUCCCUGCUGAAAUGGUAACAUCGCCUGAUGUAGAAAAAUGGUUACUGACCGACACUUCAGAACACCAAACCACAGCUAUCCCUGCUGAAAUUGUAACAUUGCCUGAUGUAGAAGAAUGGGCAUUGAGCGACACUUCAGAACAUCCUAGCCCAGAUGUCCCUACUGAAACUGUAACAUCUCCCAACAUGGAAGAAUGGGUACAGACCGACACUUCAGAACGCCAAACCUCAGAUGUAGGUUUGACCUCAGAAAUAGGCCCUGUUGAGAUCAGGCUUAUGAAUGGUCCCAGUCGCUGCAGUGGAAGGAUUGAAUUGUUCCAUAAUGGUGAAUGGGGCACCAUCUGUGAUGAUGGCUGGGAUAUCAGAGAUGCCAGUGUAGUAUGCCAGCAGCUAGGCUGUGGUGUUGCAAGAUCAGCCCCAGGAGGAGCACGAUUCGGAAGAGGAAAUGGUCCCAUCUGGCUGGAUGAUGUCCAGUGCACAGGAACAGAACCAGCACUCAAUCAGUGCCGAACAAAAUCUUGGGAAGAGCAUAACUGCAAUCACAGAAAAGACGCUGGCGUCAUGUGCUCAUUUGUUCCUACUGACAUGGCAGUGUUGCCCACUGUACAAGGAUGGCUGCAGACCACUUCCAAACUCCAAACAUCAGCCCUAUCUAAAGAUAUGUCAGUCUCACAUACUGAGGAAGGAUGGCUACAGAACUCUUUAGAACUGCUUGCACCAGAUGCAGUUUGGGAUUCAAAAACUGCAAGCCCAUUCUCAGAGUCAGGUAACAUCCGGCUGGUGAACGGUCCAAGUCGCUGCAGUGGAAGGGUUGAAUUGCUCAUUCAUGGUGAGUGGAGCACUGCAUGUGAUGUCGGCUGGGGCAUGGAGGAAGCCGGAGUUGUAUGCCGGCAACUGGGCUGUGGAGAAGCAAGACUUGCCCCAGGUGGAGCACGUUUUGGAAGAGGAACUGGCCCCAUCUGGCAGAAUGAAGUCCUAUGCACAGGAGGAGAAUCCUCACUCAGUCAAUGUACAGCAAUCCCUUGGGGAUCAUAUUCCUGCUACCAUGGAGAAGAUGCCGGUGUUGUGUGCUCAGGUGUGGGUUGGGACUCAAAUAUUCCAAGCUCAUACUCAGGCCCAGGUGAGAUCCGGCUGGUGAAUGGUCCAAGUCGCUGCAGUGGAAGGGUUGAAUUGCUCCAUAAUGGCGAAUGGAGCACUGCUUGUGAUGUCGGCUGGGGCAUGGAGGAAGCCAGAGUUGUAUGUCGGCAACUGGGCUGUGGAGAAGCAAGACUUGCCCCAGGUAGAGCAUGUUUUGGAAGAGGAACUGGCUCCAUCUGGCAGAAUAAAGUCCUAUGCACAGGAAAAGAAUCCUCACUCAGUCAAUGUGCAGCAGUCCCUUGGGGAUCAUAUUUCUGCUACCAUGGAAAAGAUGCUGGUGUUGUCUGCUCAGAGCACCACUUCAAGGAGCAAUUGCCAAAACCAACCAUGAAACCAUGUCUGGGGAAAAUUGAAUCUAAGCUUGAUCAAAUUGAUGACAACGUUCAGCAAAUAAAGAAGAGUCAGGAACGCCUAGAAAACGUCUUCCGAAAUAUUCUCCAACACCGACCUCCAAUUCCAGAACUACCCAAAUAGUGAAAGACAAAAUUGUAUCAAGCGUUUCAUUCAAAGUUCCAUUUUCACUUUUUUGUUUUUGGGUUUGGUUUGUUCAAUUUAAAUUGUUGUUGAUUUUAUGGGAUUUCUUCACAUUGAAAUUCUGAGCAAUAAAGUCAUGCAUCAAAUUCAA